AUGUUAAACAACAAAAAUUCAAGUAAACAGAACAAAUCUAAUUGUAUACAUAAUCCAAAAGUGUCUAUUGGGAUGUUCUCUAAUCAGAAUUCUAUCAUUUCUUAAUUACUUUCAACUAAAGCAAAAUCAAAAUUUCAAUAACAUAAGGUAUCUAAAACAACAUGUGAAUUUCAAACAUUUAGAGCAGAAACUCCAAAUUCUCCUAAUAAAACAACUCCAUUUAAAACAAAAUAUCAUUUUAAUACUCUAUCUUAAUUGUCUAAAUUGGAAACUAAUAAUGUUUCUCAAAAUAUUCAGUAAGCAAAAUCUAAAAAUCAAGAUACAAGUGAUGAUCUUGGAGAUGUAAGUAUUAGAUUGAGAAGUCCUCGAGAUGAUUAAAUCAACAAAAUUCUCAAAAAUCUAAGAUUUAUUGGAGAACAAAUGACCCAUAAAAAAUUAACAUAAAUUAAAUCAAGUCUGUUGUCACAAUGGUAAAAUUAAUUGAAUGAGAAUUGUGAUAAUUUAAUGAAAAUCUUAUCUUCUGAAUUAAAUUCCUCUUCUAAUUUUUAUUAACCUAUUAUCAACAAUGAUAAUUAACUGUAAAAAUAAUUGGCAGAAGAGAAAAAAAAUAGACUCUUAGUAGAAGAAUAAACAAGUAAAAUAAUUUAAAACUAGGAAUAAUAAAUUAAAUAAUAUGUAAUAUAUAUUAAUAAAAUAUAUUAUAGAUUGAGACAAUCAAAUUACUUGAAUAAAAAUUAUUAAAUACUAUGUGA